GGGGCGGGCCGGGCCGGGCGCGGGGCCUGCGCGGGCACCGGGGAGGCCCGGCUGGGCCGGGGGCAGUGUUGGGCCCCUCGCGGCACUGAGGGGCUGGAGUGUAUCCAGAGAAGGGAACAGAGCUGGGGAAGGGGCUGGAGCACCAGGAGCAGCUGAGGGAGCUGGGAAAGGGGCUGAGCCUGGAGAAAAGGAGGCUCGGGGGGCCCUUGUGGCUCUGCACAACUCCUGACAGGAGGGGACAGCCGGGGGUGGGUCGGGCUCUGCUCCCAGGGAACAGGGACAGGACAAGGGGAAACAGCCUCAAGUUGUGCCAGGAGAGGUUUAAUUUGUAUAUAGAUAGGUUAGAUGGGGAGAUUUCUUCACGCAAACAUGAUCAGGCAAAGUCACAGCCUGCCCAGGGCAGUGGUGGAGUGCCAGCCCUGGAAGUGUUGAAAAAGCCAUGUGCAUGUGGCACUUGAGGGCAUGGUGUAGUGGUGGUGGUGGUGGUGCUGAGGGAAUGACUAGACCUGAUGGUCUUAGAGGGCUUUUCCAACCUUUACAAUUCCACAGUUUUAUGAUUUUUAAUAUCCUGGCCCUAACCCCUCUGCAAGGAACGUGGGAUGCUCAGGUUUAGGUCUACUGUGGGAUCAGUCACCCGUGGCCACAGGACAGCUUCUGGGGUGAGAUCAAGGCCAUUCACCUUUGCUUUUCUAGCAAAAAUUCUGAAAUUAAUCAGUCCUGGGGUGCUUUAUUCAUUUGUUGGUUGCAUUAACACAUUUUGGAUGGAGUUUAUUUUGAUUGUUUUGGUGACCUGAGAUCAUUUUAUCAUUGGUGCUCUUAGGGAAAGGUGGAUGUUUUCAGCAGAAAUAGGUGGAUCUCAACGAUUUUAGGCACUUGAUAAACAGGGACUGCAUGAGCACUGGUAGGAUUCUUCUGUUAAAAUUAGCAGCAGUGAAGCAGUUGACAGUGAUGACAUUUGAUAUUUCACUCUAUUGAAAUGAAUGAAGUGGAUGCAUGACAAGUCGUGAAUUUGGGAAUAGGGGACACAUUAACAUAACAAUAGUUGAUCAGCCAGGGUUUCAGCUAUCAAGAUAUUUUGUACAGCCUGAAAAUCAUAUCAUAAUCUUCUCUGCCGUGUCUCCAGCAGCCAAAGGACAGAUCAUUUGACCUAUAGCCAGAGCACUUGGCUGACUGGGUCUCUCGCAGAGGAGCAGCCUCGGGGGCCUGCGGAGUUUUCACAUCCCUAACAAAGCACUGAAGGACGGGAAAGGACAACGGGCACCAGAUGCCGCCUGUUCUGCGCCAGCGCCCUCCUUACUGCAAUUAUAGUCCUGUUAGAAACCUCCACCUUAUUUAAAGAGACACUGUCAACUGCCUCAAAGUUCCUUUCUGGAAAAGUCUCCCAAGGCCAUUGCGAUGUGUUCUUAAUGAUGGGAAGAAAUGCACUAAAGAUAAAGAGUACUGAUAAAGCAGAGAUGCUUCUCCUUUUUUAGGUUAUUGAAUAAAAUGAAUUAAUACAACGUCAAUUAAUCACUGUAGUCCCUUCUGACAAAAUGAUCGUGUCAGUUUCCAGAUGAGAGGAGUGAGGCAGGAGGAGCUGAGUGAUGGGAUCAGAGUUCCUCUGUGAGUUUGCUGCAGAGCAGAGCUCUGGGUUGUAAAGUGGUAAAGGAGACUGAAUAGCAUGAACCAGUGUUUGGUAGCAGCAGAAAAUAAUCCCCAGAGGCACCACAGUACACUAUGAUGUAGUGUCUUCUCUAGCAAAUGCUCCAGCACAUCCAGUGUGGGAUCCAGGAUCUAAGGCUGGGUGAAUUCCAGAUCUUGGCUGGUCUCAUGGGCUGUGCUUAUCUGUGUACCACCAUGAAAGACCUUUCCAGGACUGGAAGAAGGGCUUUACUGGGAAACUCCAGGCUCACCUUCCCUCGCUUCAAAGACUGCAGAUCAUCAGGAACCUCCUGAAUGUAUACGUCCCUCCAGGAUCAGUGCCAUGGUACUUAAGGUGUUCUUUCCAUCGUGCUGCUCCUCAGCAGACAGUGGCAUUUUGAUCGGCCGCUGGAUCUCCGAGCAGAACUCUGCUGUCAUCCUUGCUGUGGUGCACUUCCCCUUUAUUCCUGUCCAGGUGAAGCAGUACCUUGGGGAAGUUCAGCGCGUGACUAAAGUCAAUAUUUCUGUGCUUGGCUCAUGGAGCAACAGCAAACAGGAGAAAGAAGAGAGUCUCAGCGAGUUCUUGGAAGACCUUGGGACCAUAUUCUGUCAUGAGCCAUGGAUCCAGAUAAGCAAAGAGGGAGACAGCAAAUUCUGGAACUGUUCUACCCUGCAGAAACACUCUAAGAACCCUCAGGAGGAAGAAAUCAUCUUGGUGUACUAUGACCAGCGCAAGGUCAUGCUUUCCCAUCUGCACCCCCCUUUGGACACCGCUGGCCAGAGGGCAGAGGAUGCCUCGAAGCUCUCGGCCAUCUUCGACACGGUGGCCAGGAGCCAGGUCCUGUUCAUGACGGACAGGUAUGAUGAGGGGCCCAUCAAGCUGACCCACUGGCAGUCGGAUGGGGUGGAGGCCAGCAUCAUCGUGGAGCUGCUGAAGCAGGCCUCCGUGCCUGCCUGCAUGCUGCUGAGCCUCCUGCUCUCACUGCUCUCUGGGAUCUGCAGGAGCAGGGUGCUGAAGUUUUGGCCUUUGUCUUUCUUGUGGAGCAAACUCUCAACUUGUGAGCAGCUGGGACAUCGCCUGCAGCACCUCCAGGUCAUCAGCAGCAACAAGAAGGCUCAAAACCAAAAUCAGCUGAUGAGGAAAGCCAACAUCUUUGUGUCUCUGCUGAUUGAUGUGGCCCUGGGGAUACUGCUGAUGUCGUGGCUGUACAGGAAGAACCGCAUUGGUCACCUUGCUGACACUCUCAUUCCUGUGGCUGACCACGUGGCUGAAGAGCUGCAGGACCUGCUCCAGUGGCUGAUGGGAGCACCAGCUGGACUGAAGAUGAACCGAGCCUUGGAUCAAGUUUUGGGUCGCUUCUUCCUUUAUCACAUCCAUCUUUGGAUCAGCUACAUCCACCUGCUGUCCCCCUUCAUUGAGAUGAUCCUGUGGUACGUGGGGCUGUCAGCUUGUCUGGGUCUGACCGUGGCUCUCUGCAUCCUCUCCGACAUCAUCGCGCUCCUGACCUUCCACAUCUACUGCUUCUACGUCUACGGGGCCAGGCUCUACUGCCUAAAGAUCUACGGCCUGUCCUCUCUGUGGCGCCUGUUCCGGGGGAAGAAGUGGAAUGUGCUGCGGCAGCGGGUGGAUUCCUGCUCCUAUGACCUGGACCAGUUAUUUAUUGGCACUUUGCUGUUCACAAUCCUGCUGUUCCUCCUGCCUACAACUGCACUGUAUUAUUUGGUGUUUACCCUGUUCCGGUUGCUGGUGGUGAUUGUGCAGGGCCUCAUACACUUGCUGGUGGAUUUGAUUGACUCCCUGCCUCUUUAUUCCCUCAUCCUUCGCCUCUGCAGAUCCUACAGGCUUGCAGCUGGAGUGAAGUUCAGAGUCCUUGAGCAGCAGGAUGGAAAACCUCUGCGGCUCCUUAUGCAGAUCAACCCCCUCUCCUAUGGAGGUGUGGUCCAGACAUACAGACUGCCCACCUACAGCUGCUAUCCCAGGGACUCCUGGGCAUCUCUCUGCAAGAAGCUGUUCCUUGGAGAGCUCAUCUACCCUUGGAAACACAAAGGAGACAAGCAGAACUAAAGACAGUGGAAGAACUGAUGAACUUGACCUGAAAAACCUACCGACUCCUAAUGCUUUGGGACCAAAGGCUGCUCAGAGCCAGCAACUGCUCCAUCCCUUUAAAUAGAUUUUGGUAACAUAGGAAGGGCUGAAUUUUUAAAGGCAAGUAUUUUUAAACAUUAUUUUUUGACUUCUCUUCCCCUACACUGUGUUUGUAUAUUAUGCUAAUGAUUAUUUUGGAAGCAAAAGGUUAAACCUGUCAGUGCCUCAUGAAACCAGCACUCAGUGUCAUGGAGGAAGCAGCUCCCCAAUGGUGAUGAUGGUGAUGAAUGGUUUGUUGAUGAAUUUCUCCUUCCACGUCAGCAUCAGAGCCAUAGCAAAGCAGCCUCUCAGGUGGUUCAGAGCCACAAUGCUGUGGUGCCUUCAACCAGAGUGUGUUUUGGACCUUUUCUGCUUCAGCCUUCAAGCCAGCUGAUCAAAACCAUGUGGAGAAGCAGCUUGCAGAGUCCUACACUGAAAACUGAACAGCUAGGUGUCUGAGUUCAUGGGAUAUUUAUUAAUUUCUUUUGAGGAGGGCUUGCACUCACCCUCACUGCAGCACCAGAGAAGGUGUUGAAAGAGUGAAGCUGGAGGCCCAGAAGCACAGACUGUUUUAUCAUGAUUCUGUGAUUUCUCUUAGUGGUGUUUUUUGCUUUGGAUACAUUUCCAAAGUGCAUCAGUGCUUGGCUUUCCAUGUCCUGGUCUCAUUUUGAUAUGUCUCCUAUUCUCUCUCUUGGAAAGGGUGCCUGUGCACUGGAGGGUGAUGUCCCACUGGGCAUGCUGUGGUUGUGUCAAAUUUGAAUACAGUCCUUACUCAAAAUA